AAAUCGGUCAAGCUGUAUGUGUCAGGACUCCGCCGGCGACCGAGGUUCAGUGAGAUUUGCCGACAAUGAGCGACUCUUCUCGACAACCAUCUGAAUAAAAAAUCUCAAAUUUAUGGGGUUUUCAUUUUUAUAUAAGUUAUCGAUUCUCCAGGCUAGAUAUGCUUAAUGGUCAGACAGAUGUUACAUACUUUAAACUAAAGUGCAAUCGGUUGUUAUAUAUCUUAGCCCAUUACCCCAUACAGAAUCCGGAGUACAUUCUCAAAAACCAUGACUUCAACACGCUGUCCUUUCUGCAAUAUCGCAGCAAAAUACCCUCCCAUCUCACCGUUAUCCUUCAACUCCAAUCCAGAUGAUGCCAUAACCACGACCCCAGACCCCCUACUAUCGCGUCUUCGCGCCGAAACAGCAGAGACAGGGUCAGGACAGGGAUCAGGGUCCGGUUUAGAGCCAGAGUUAGAGUCGGAGUCGUCGCGUGCGUACCUGAUUCUCUCCACGGAAUCCGUUCUCGCAUUUCUGGAUAUUAUGCCAUUGACUAGGGGCCAUGUUUUGGUGACUACGAGGGAGCAUUGUGGGACGGUGGGGGAUGUCGGAGUCACAACUGGGAGGGAGCUUGGAAAAUGGAUACCCAUUAUUUCACGGGCUGUGAUGAAGACGCUUUUCGGGGAUGCCGAGGCACAUUGGAAUGUAGUUCAGAAUAACGGCAUAAGAGCUGCUCAAGUAAUCCCCCACGUCCACUUCCACAUCGUCCCCAGGCCACCACUGGACCAGCCAGUUAGCGCGAACAAGGCAAGCUAUGUAAUGUUUGGUCGCGGGCAAAGGGACGAAUUGGACGAGGAAGAAGGGGAGAAGUUGGCUAGUGAGAUCCGAGAAGAGCUGGCGAGGGAAGUUCAGCGCGUUAGGAAUGUAGAAGGGGUGGGCUUGGAGGGAGCCUCGCGGCAAGAUGAUGGAAAGAGAGGUGGAAAAUUAUGAACAUUUGAUUUGGUAUCUAACUUUUGUUAAAUGUCUAUGCGAUUGGUAAUAUCUAUUCAUCGUGAGUUUUCUCUUGCUCUUUGGCGAGCUUCUUUUCGUUUUUGGUGAAAUACUAGGUCGAUUAGAUAUUGAUUCCAACGAUCAAG